AUGACACAAAAUGUAUUAGAAACUCUUGCUCUAGAUAUUAAUAAUGUGAGAGGACAAGGAUAUGAUAAUGGAUCAAACAUGAAAGAUAAACAUCAAGGUGUACACAGAAAAUUAUUAGAUGUUAACCCUAGAGAACUAUAUACACCAUGUGGUUGUCAUAGCCUUAACUUGACACUUUGUGAUAUUGCAAGUUUAACUAUUAAAUCAUUGUCACAAACACGUUGGGAAAGUCAUGUGAAUAAUGUAUAUGCAAUUCAAUCUCAAACUUCAGAUGUAAGAGAAGCACUACUUCAACUAGCUGAACAAGAUAAUGAUCCCAAAAUUAAGAGUGAAGCUGAAUCUUUAGCAACUCAUGGAAUUGGAAACUUUGAAUUUUUAGUAGCUAUGAUUAUUUGGUUUGAAUUGUUAACUGUUGUUAAUGGAAUUAGAAAAAGUUUUCAAAAACAAGACAUGCGUAUUGAUGUGGCUAUAAAAUUAGUAAAAGGUUUGAUCAAGUAUUUCAAAAAAUAUAGAGAAUUGAUUUGUAAAUGUUAA